AUGAGAGAAUCAGAAAGUGAAAUGUACGCUCUUAAUGAUGAUCCUACGAAAGUAGCAUUACAUACAGAACAAAUUGAUAUCAAUACAAGUCUAUCAUCUCUACCAACAACCACAAUCUCUUUAGAUAGUAUUUUAAAAAAAUGUGGUGACCUUGGUCGAUUUCAAUAUGUGCAUUUUUUCUUUAUUAAUCUCAUUGCAAUGAGUGCUGGUGUAAUUGGUUUUUAUUAUGUUUUUGCUGCAGCUGAUCCUGAACAUCGUUGUCGAUUACCACCAACUAUAUGGCCAAAUGAUAUAAGUUAUUAUCCAAUAAAUAGAACACAUGAAAUAUUUAUUAAUAGUUAUAUACCUAAAACAAAAGAUGGACAAAAAUGGGAAAAAUGUGUACGUUAUACAACUGGAAAUCCAAAUGAUACGUUAGACAAUUGUCGAGAUGGCUGGGCAUAUGAUCAAUCAAUAUUUGGAUAUACAUUUACUGAAGAAGCAAAUCUUGUUUGUAGUAGUGAACCAAAAAAGAGUUGGUUAGCAACUCUAAUGCAAUGUGGUGGUUUUUCAUUACUUAUUAUUGGUUCAUUUGGUGAUAGAUAUGGUCGAAAAAGAAUAACAGCUAUUGUUACUAUUCUUCUACUGAUAGUAUGUCUAAUUACUCAAGUAAUGAUCCAAUGGUUAACAAUUAUGACAGUAGAAACAAAAUUUGCUCUUUUAUUACUUAAUCAAUUUGCAUCAGGUCUUACUGCUUCUACAUUUAGUUUAACAUUUAUUUUAUUGCUUGAAUUAACAUCAUCAGCACAUACGGGUUUUGCUGGAAAUUCUGCACUCGUUGCAUUUUCAAUUGGUGAAGGCAUUGUGACAUUAUUUGCUUAUUUAGCAAGAGAUUGGCAAAUACUUAAAUGGGCUGAUACAUUAUUUGUUGCUUUAGUUAUACCGUAUCUUUAUUUUAUGCCUGAAUCACCAUUAUAUCUGUAUUCAAAACGACAAUAUCCACAAUUGGAAGCACUUCUAAGACGAAUAGCAAGAACAAAUAAUCGAAAUGAAGAAGAUUGGUAUCCAUUUUAUCAAGAUUUUAUACGAAAACAACCAAUAACAUUAUCCAAUGAUAAUCAAGUGACAUUUUUCCAAAAACUUCGUCAAAUUCUAUCACAUCGACCAACUGUCAUUAGAUUAUUAAUUAGUGCUCUACUUGGUUUUACAACACUUAUGCUCUAUAUUAAAAUAAGUUAUGGUUUAGCUGUCAUGAAAAUAUCACCUUAUUUAGGAAUUCUAAUUGGUGCUGUUGUUGAAGGUGCUGGAUAUGUAACUGGUUCUUUACUUAUAUCAACAAGAUUUGCUCGUAAAGGUUCAUUUAUUUUAAUGAUGAUUUUAACAAUUAUUUGUGUUAUUCUUAUUCCCAUAACUAUAAAUCAUAGUCCAGAUGCAACUGUAUUUAUUGCACAAUUUGGAAAAUUUGCCAUUUCAGGUUCUAUUGCUGUAUCAUGGAUAUUUGUUCCUGAACUAUUUCCAACAUCAAUUCGAAGUAGUGCCAAUGGAUUUUUUAUUGCAUUUAGUCGUAUCGGUGCUAUUGUUGCACCAAUUAUAAAUACAUCGGUUGCCAAUGAAUAUCAAUCUUAUACAUUUUAUGCAUCAUCUGGUUUAGCUAUGAUUGUCGUGCUGUUAACAUUAUUAUUACCUGAAACAAAAGAUAAAUCAAUGGAUGAUGAACCAGAUUAUGAAAUCAAUCGAACUGAUGCUUAA